AUGAUAUACGACUCAAGCAAAAACUCGCCUUCACACAUACGGAAUAUGGAAAAAGUCAAGGCGCUGGAACAAAAAUUAAUUAAAGACCUUGAAAAUUCAAUAAGAAGAUCAAGAAAUCUGUAUGAAAAAUAUAUAAAAACCACAAAUAACCGAAUCAAUAAGAGACAAUAUUAUAAUACUUUAAAAAGGCUAGAAACUUAUAUACAAAAGAAAGACAAAACUCCAAAAAUUAUUACGCCGAUUAUAGAUUCUCCUAUUGAAGAUUCCCCAAUCCAUGAGCAUUUGAAAAGAUUUGAGUUUCAGAAACCUCCUUUAAAAAUACCGAUUUGUGUCCCUCAGUCAAUUAUUAGAAAAUCCCAACGGUGCCCUCUCCCAACGAUUCAGCAUACUAUGAGAAAUGGAGAAAUCGCUACAGUCCAUAUAUUAUCUGAGUCAGCGCCAGUUUUCGAUCCAUUAGUCAUGGUGCAGGCUGAGUUUAAUUUAGAAGAUGCAAAAAAUGAGGAAAAUUCUGCAGAAAAAUCCAGCACAAUUUAUUUAAGCCAGAUUAACCCUUUUUCAAGCAAUGAUACUUUUCCAAGAUUCAGCUCAUUACAAGACCAUAAACUAACUGAGCCUAAAGGAAUAUAUCAAAUUUAUUCUUUUGCUGCCAUUACAGUAAAUAUUUUAUAUAAAACCAGUCUUAAUAUAAAAAAAUCAAUAGGAUACAAACAAAACUCCUAGUAAAUUAUACCGAAACUAAGAGAAUACACUCCAAAGAAAAAAGCUCACACACAUGUUUUCAGAGAUCUAUCAUUUGAUAGCAGUAUGAUAGACUCUAAAAAGCAAAUAGUUAGUGAAAGAAUGAAGAAUUAUGCAGGAAAAGUUAAAGAAUUCUACACUCCUCGACAAAGUGAGUCAAAGCAAAUUGAGUUUUUGAUAAACCAAGAAAGACUGAAAAAGCAGAAGCCAGUUCGAGUUAGUAAAGUUAAAUUGGAAGAAUUAGCUGAUGAAAAUCUUUAA